AUGGCCUAUCCUACCGUCCCCAUUCGCCCGUCUAACGAAACUGUCGUCGCGGCGCGAAUUCAGCACUAUGUUCAUCGUAACUUAAAUCCAGCCUUUGCGCGUUUUCUUGGAAAGGCCAUCGCAUCGAGGCUCGGAAUUAGGGGGAAUGUAGCUAUUAUAUUGCUUGCCGAGAACGGUCAGGUUGUUCAAGCCCGCGAAGAAGAUGUCCCAAUGGUGUUCUCGGCACUUGUGAGCACAGCAUGUAUCCUUGCAAACAUGGCUCCCGUCUGCAGAAUCGGGAACACGCGCAGCACCCUGAAUCACGAUCACGUUUGCUACAACCCGGCUCAGGUCGCCUGA